AUGAUUAAUAAUAUUUUGUCUAUUUUAGGUGCUAAGGUUGCAUGUUCAAGUUUUAAUGAUAUCAUAAAUGAAAUUCAACGUUUUACUCAGUCAUCAUCGUAUGGUUUAUCAGAUGAAGCCAAAGCUACGAUGUCAGAGAUAAAAAAUUUUUCCAUGCUGUAUUUGAUUAUUGGUGGUCUACUUCAACAAUAUCCGGAAAAUUUUGCUUUUGAAGUAUCUUCACGUUUGUUAAGUCUAUUUGGUAUUAAACCAUUUAUUACUAAACUUAUCAAACAAAUCGACGAACAAAGUGUUCACUACUGUUCUCUAAUUGUACCUUACUGUCAAAUUCAACCACCAGGUAGUGGUUUAAUCUAUUCAAUGAAUCGACAUACGGCAUCUAUAGUCGAUUUCGAUUUUACAGAAGAUCAAAUGAAAGCUAUAACUCUUUCGGAUAGAAUCAUUGUCAUAGAUAUGGGAGAAAUACGUACAGUUUUAGAUAUUAACCUGCCAAACUUGGAUGAAUCAUAUUUGAAUUCAACUACAUUACCAGAAACAUAUACUUUCGAUGGACAAAAUGAAAUAAAAGAUGCAUGGUCAUCAAAUGAUAAAAAUGAUGAAUUUAAAAGAUAUGUAUUUCUUGUUAAUUCUUUACAUCAUAUUUAUCUUGUAUCAGCUAAUGGAAAUAUUAAAUUUGAACAUUCGUCCAAAGUUGGUUAUUUAGAUGUUGAAAUGCUUGAUAAGAAACGUGCACUCUGUAUUGUAGCAGAACAAAAUACAAAUUAUGUUGAGUGUUGGGAUGUGAUAAGAAAUCGAUUGUUCCAUCGGAUUGAUUUUCCUAAAGCAAAAGUAAAAUAUGUUCUUUGUGCUGAAGUCUAUUCGAUGGUUAUUGUUGUUCUUCAAGAUGGCAUUAUUCAGUUUUAUUCGAUUACUGAUUGGACACAGUCAUCGUUCAUUCAUCGAGGUUCAAUUCAAGCUGGAAUUCAUCUUGAUUUAGUCGCAGUUACUUGCGGAGUGUUAAUCCUUACAUUUGAUACAAAUAUUCCUAUUGAUUUUGCUCUAAUUGGUUUAAAGCAAUUUCAUAAAACGGAGCGAAUUUUAUCCGAUAAACAAGUACUUAAAACAUUAGUUGCUUUCAAUCCUCCGAUAAGACCAAAACCAAUGAAAAGUAUCAUAUUACCCGACACAGAGUCAAUGUCAUUCAACGAUAUUCAAUUAGGUUUCCCUUUCUUUAUGACUAAGACAAAAGAUGCUGUAUUUAUCGUUCAUAAAUGUAAUAAGAAAGACAUAUCUUAUAUUCGUAUUAAUGGUCAAUUUGAUAUUGUGUCGAUGCAUGCAAACAACUCACGCACAUUAUAUACAGCUCGUGGUGGUAUUGUCGAACUUCACAAAUGGGUUUGUAUUGAAGGCAAAGAUUGUAGCAGCAGGAAUCAUAAAUAUCAAUUGUAUAUCUCUAUCGAUAUCAGUUCAUCACGAGUAACUUCUAUUAAAGCUAAGGCUGGCAAUGGUAAAUAUUUUUAA